AUGAGUGUUUCACUCUUCAUCAAGUGUGUCACUAACGGUGAUGGAGCCAUCGGAAAAACUUGUAUGUUGAUAUCUUACACUAGCAACACAUUCCCAACUAUUAUGUUCCCGCCAUUUUUUAUUUUUAAUGCAAACGUUGUUGUGAAUGGGAACACGGUGAAUCUAGGGUUAUGGGAUACUACAGAUCAAGAGGAUUACAAUAGACUUAGACCUUUGAAUUAUCGAGGAGAAGAUGUUUUCAUUCUUGUAUUUUCUCUUAUUAGCAAGGCCAUUUAUGAAAAUAUUUCCAAGAAGUGGGUUCCUGAACUGAGGAAUUAUGCACCUGGUGUUCCUAUUAUUCUUGUUGGGACAAAGCUUGGUAAGAUACUCAUCAUUUUUUUCAAGGGGACCCGUACCCCAAAAGCUACAAAAGAAAACCCCAACCCGAUCCCAGACAAACGAGCGCAAAAGAAGAUGGCAGAGAUGGAGGAAGUAAGAAGCAAUGAACCAGAUAUUUAUGACUUCGACUUGACGAAGAAAGUGUACGGACGUCAAAUGCAUGGGACAGUGAUCGGUAUGGGAUCCGACGUCCGACCCACACAAGAGAAUCGUCGGAGUGGAAACAAUUCUCAACGAUCCACUGAUCGGUUGUUGGAGGAGAAUGAAUAG